AUGGGCCUCCUUGCCCUCGGAACCCCACUCGACUGGCCUGACACAAAGCCCCUCGCCGAGCACAUUCGCAACCAUGGCAUCACCCAGUUCCUCAACACCUGGAAGCGCUGGAAGGGCCGCUCCGGCGAGGGCCUCCUUUGGGGUGAUGAGAUCGAGUACCUCGUUGCCUCUAUGGACACCACCGAAAACAAGGCCUACUUGAGCUUGCGCCAGUCUGAGAUUCUCGAGAAGCUCCAGAACGCGACCGUCGACCCCGAGCUCGAAAAGGUCAAGCCUGAAUCAUGCCGAGAAAUGCCGACCUUCCACCCCGAGUAUGGACGUUUCAUGAUCGAGUCCACUCCCGGCUACCCGUACACGGGACAGCUGAGCGACCUCGUCAACGUUGAGUGUGACAUGCGCUUCAGGCGCAAGAUUAUUCGCUCGCACCUCCUUCCCAACGAGCUCCCGAUCACUUUGACCAGCUGGCCCCGUCUCGGCGUCGAGAACGCGCUCUUCACUGACCCCCCUUCCUACCCCGACCCCGAGCACACCUCGAGCAAGAGCCAGUAUGUUGGCCAGCUCAUUACCAACCCGCACGCGCGCUUCCCCACUCUCACAGCCAACAUUCGUCAGCGGCGAGGGUCGCUCGUCGACAUCCGUCUGCCACUCUUCAUCGACGAGCACACGCAGCUGCCCGAGGGAUCCAAGGUUCCGCUCUCGAAGACUAACCCAAAGGUUCCUGCCAAGCCCCUGCCGGGUACGCCGUACAUCCACAUGGACGCCAUGGGCUUCGGCAUGGGCUGCUGCUGCCUGCAAAUCACCUUCCAGGCGUGGGACGUCGGAGAGGCGCGCACGGUAUAUGACGCGCUGGUGCCCGUCGCGCCGAUUAUGCUUGCACUCACGGCUGGAGCACCAGCGUUCCGUGGACGGCUGGCUGAUGUCGAUGCGCGCUGGAACGUUAUUGCGGCUGCGGUCGACGACCGCACGGAGGAGGAGCGCGGGCUCAAGCCGCUCAAGGAGUCCAAGUACCGUGUCCCCAAGUCGCGCUACGACUCUGUCAGCCUGUACAUUGCCAACGAUGAGCGCAACAAGCCCGAGUACUCUGAUAUCUCGGCGCCGAUCAACGAGGGCGUGCGCCAGCGGCUGCUGAACGCCGGGUUGGACGACAAGAUGGCGUCGCACAUUGGCCACCUGUUUAUCCGCGACCCGCUCGUUCAGUUCUCGGAGACGAUCGACCAGAACGACGAGGAGAGCAUGGACCACUUUGAGAACAUUCAGUCGACGAACUGGCAGACGGUGCGGUUCAAGCCGCCUCCGGUCAACUCGGACAUUGGAUGGCGCGUCGAGUUCCGCCCCAUGGAGAUCCAGAUGACCGACUUUGAAAACGCGGCGUUCUCGAUCUUCAUCGUGCUCCUCACCCGCGCGAUCAUCAGCUUCAAGCUCAACUUCUACAUGCCCAUCUCGCAGGUUGACGAGAACAUGCAGCGCGCACAGGAGCGCAACGCUGCGCGUUCCCAAUCCUUCUUCUUCCGCAGGCACGUCUUCCCCGACGACCUGUCGACGUACGACCUCGACUCGCGGCCUGUCAGUCCGCCCAGCGAGCCGAUCAACGGCAGCCUGCACGAGGAGAACGGCUUUAGCAACGGACACUCGCACACGAACGGCUUUGCGAACGGACACGGCGCACGUACGCCCAAGCACCUCCGCAGCCCCAACCACCUCCGCACAGCCAGCAGCUUCAGCUCGUGCGCGUCCCUGCUGGAGGAGGAGGCCGACGAGGGACCCGAAGUCAUCGCAAUGAGUCUUGACGAGGUCAUCAACGGCCGCGAGGGCUUCCCGGGUCUCCUUGGUGUCGUCAACGCCUAUCUCAACAGCAUCAACACGGACAUUGCCACCAAAUGCAGGAUCCGCACGUACCUCGACCUCAUCAAGAUGCGUGCAAAGGGCGAGCUUGUCACUCCCGCCACUUGGAUCCGCAACUUCUUCACUGCACACCCAGAGUACAAGGGCGACUCAAUGGUCACGGACGGCAUGCAAGCCGACCUUGUUGCUGCUGUCGACGCCAUUGAGAAGGGCACACUGGCCGCGCCGGAGCUGCUCGGCAAGGACUAUAUCGGCUCGGGCCAGGAGUGCUUUUAA